UGCCCUCCAACGCAAGGUGGUCGAGGAACGUCAUGGGGAGGUUUUCCAGCUGAACAAAACGCUGACUUUGCUCCAACAACUCUUCCUGCUGUCAUCUGUCUGAGAAAGCUCAUUGCGGUCACAAUGGGGAUCUGGAUGGGCCUUUUGUACAUGUCACUGUGUGGAGUGGGUCUAACCAUUGCAUAUGUUUUGUACAUGACUCGCAAAUUUGGCGUAUUCAAGAAACUUGGCGUGAAAGGACCAAAACCAGUGCCUGUGUUUGGACAUUUCCAUCUUCUAUCUUCUGAGGGAUCAGUGGUUGUGGAGAGAAAAUGGUAUCGACAGUACAAGAAGGAUAAAGCAUUUGGGAUAUUUGAAGGCAGCUACCCAAUGAUGUUCAUCACUGACAUCAACAUCAUGAAGGAAGUCCUCAUCAAGAAGUUCAACUGUUUCAUCAACAGAAGGGCUUUUGAAGGGGUGAAUGACUACCCUCUGAACUAUGCCAUGACAACAAUACGCAACGAUCACUGGAAACACGUCAGAAGCUUGCUGUCGCCUACAUUCAGUUCAGGAAAACUCAAAAAGAUGGUCGGCCUGCUUAACAAGACCUCAGACACUCUUGUCCAACACUUCAAGGUCAAGGCCGAGUCUGGAGAAGAAUUUGAGGUGAAAGAGUUGACUGGAGCAUAUACAAUGGACACCAUAUGCAGCACAGCAUUUGGCAUUGACAUCGACUCCAUGAAUGAUCCCAACAAUGCCUUUGUAAGGGGUGCCAAGGCAUUCUUUAACCCAAAGAUCUGGCUGAUUAUUCUUAUUUUUUUCUUUCCCUUCCUUGUGCCAUUGCUGAAACUGUUCAAUAUUAGUAUCUGGCCGAAGAGUCUCACCUGUUUCUUUGUGAAGGUCACUGAUGAUGCAAUCAAACAACGGAGAAGCAGUAGCCAGAAAAGUAACGACCUCCUCCAGAUGAUGAUCGACGCAGAGGUUGGUAGUGAGGAGGUGGACAAGGAGAUUGAUCACAGAGACAGUCUAGUGACCUCACAGACCUGGAGCAGCAGGGGCUUGACAACAGAAGAUAUCCACGGCCAGGCCCUCACCAUCCUUGUCGCUGGAUACGACACGACAGCCACCACCAUGGCGUUCCUCAUCUAUAACCUGGCCCUCAACCCGGACGUCUGUGAACAAGUCAUCCAGGAGGUAGACAGAGUACUGGGAGAUAAGCAAGAGGUUUCCUAUGAGCAGUGUAGUGAGCUUCAGUACCUCGACAUGUGUGUCAGUGAGACACUCCGACUCUUCCCUCCCUCUACCAGGUUUGACCGACACUGCACGGAAGAUGUUGAGGUCUGUGGCAUCAGGAUCCCGAAGGAUAUGGACAUCACAAUCCCAAUAGCUGCCAUCCACUACGAUGAGGAGUACUGGCCCGACCCAGAGAGAUUUGAUCCUGAGAGAUUUACCACCGAAGCCAAAGCAAAACGCAAUCCUCUCGCAUAUAUUCCAUUUGGUGCUGGGCCGAGGAACUGUAUUGGGAUGAGACUGGCGCUAUUGGAAGCGAAGAUUGGGAUUGCCAGACUUCUGCAGAACUUUAAACCAAUCAGGAGUGAGAAAACUCAGGUUCCAAUGACUUUCAAGAAACUUGGUAUCCUGGAAGCAGAAAAUGGAAUCUGGGUGAAGAUGCUUCAGCGAAAGAAAUAAAGUGGCAAAGCACUGAUGCAACACCAUACUAAAGUUUCAUGAUGAGGAUUCCACUUAACUUGUUGAUACUGAGGAGAUCCAGGUUAGAAUGAAUCUUCAGUAACCCAUGCUUGUUGUAAGAGGUGACUAACAGGAUGGGGUGGUCAGACUGGCUGACUAAUUGACACAUGUCAUCAUAUCCCGAUCGUGUAGAUCGA